CUCCCCCUCGAGAGAGAGCAUCAUAUCUCUCAUAAAGCCAUCAAGUCGUAACAUCAGAUGAUAUCAUAAAAUCUACAGCGCGAAUGUUAGCACUUGUUCUAUUCAUCAAGCGGGACUCAAAAAGGUGAAAGGUUUUGAAGAAUGAAGUCAAAUGUCAGAUUAUUCCAAGUUAUCCGUCAUCAAGGGUCGGAACAGGUCUCCAAACCGGAUAUUCAUCAUUUUGACUGUAUUGGUUGUAUGUGCUGUGAAGGAGAGGGGGGGAAGAGGAUGAUGCUUACCAUGAUGCGUUUUUCUGUUUGCGAAAAUCCGAGAGUUGAUUGGUGAAGUUGACGAGGUGAGCAGUGCAAUCUUGUGGGACGGUCGUGAUGAUUGCAGAGGCAUGUCUCAUUCAUAUACCGAGUGCAACUCUGCAAUCAUGGUAGACGCGCAACGUAGAAGAUUGUUGGUCGCAUGUUGUGAUGUUGAUGGUCGACAGCACCGCAAAUAUUUUUCUUUUGUUUGGAGAGCGGGUAUGGAGCCGAGAUUUUACCGUCACAAGAGGUGGAGAUUAGAGGUCACCCUGUCUCUGUCUUCCAUCUCGACAACGUUGGUUACUUUUCUCUGAAUCAUUGGAAAGCAGC